AUGCCUAAACGUUUUACUACUUCCUCCUCCUCCUCUUCAAAAUCUACCAAUACAACUGCCACCAACCCCGCUUACUCUAACACGGCAAUUAGCCACAACCAUAUCCACCACAACCAUCACCAUAACCACCAGACUAGGAAAAAGCUAUUUAAAAAUUCAGAUUCACAACUUACACAUCGUCCAUCUACAACCACAGUGCUUCAACAGCGACCCCAGCAACUUCACCAAUCAAGUUUGGCUGCUUCUAAUCCAACUUGUGCCGUUGUUCCAACUCAAGGAACUUCUGGACAGCAGCAGCAGCAACAACAACAGCAACAACAACAACAACAACCCCUCAGAAACAAGCCUCUUGAAAGCUCCUGUUGUAACUUGCAUAAACCACAGAUGCCUAUUCUUUCUCUAAGCCCACAAACCAUUGGCUCCAUAGAUCCUUCUGAUAUCGAGUCGGUCUUCUCUUUAUGGUCUGUUUUUUCAAAAUGUGCAGACUCGUUAGAAAAUGGUCGUCGGUUAGAAAACAUUUCAUGGAGAUUAUGGAACCGUGAAUUACUCUUUGAUUCGGACGCUGCAGCUUCUGGUGGUUCUGUUCACACUGCAAAUGAUUCUACUGCAACUACUACCACUACUACUACUUCUACUUCUACUUCUACUUCUACUUCUACUUCUACUUCUACUUCUACUUCUACUUCUACUUCUACUUCUACUUCUACUUCUACUUCUACUUCUACUUCUACUUCUAAUCCUUCUCUAAUACCCACAACUGCUGCUAUCCCAGCUUCUUCCUCUUCACCACCAUCUGAAGAAAGUAUACCCCAUCUAUCUUCUUCUUUAGAUUCAGAUUCAUCAGGUUCUUGGACAGAAUGUUCAAGUACAAGUAACUCUGUUCUCAGUAGUAACCAUCAUAAUCCAACUCCUAAGCAUGCCCCAUCUUUAACAACAACCACAACCACAACUGCAACAACCAAUAGCACUGGACCUUCCACAGCCAAUAACCUCAAAACAAAUAGUUUUGCGUCAUGCUCGUUUUCCCAGCGAUCUAACCGGCCAGCUUCCAAAUCUUCUUCUGAAGUUAACAUCUCCUCUAAAAAACUGGCUCAGCCCUCUACCGCAUCCUCUUCCACUGUGGCCUUGCCAUCCGUUGCAAUCUCUCCAGCACGCCGCAGACUUCAUCCGCCAAAACAACUAUCUUCUGAAAAAUUAAAAGAGCUGCUCUUAUUAUUCAAGCCAGGCUCUCAAGAAGAAGAAUAUUGGAAAUCUCUCCAUGAAACCCGUAAAAAGGAAAAACAGCAGCAGCAACAGCAGCAGCAGCAGCAACAACAACAACAACAGCAACAGCAACAGCAAAGGCUUAAGGAUCAAAUUACCACCCAAAGGCAACAACAACAACAACAACAACAACAACAACAACAACAACAACAACAACAACAACAACAACAACAACAACAACAACAACAACAACAACAACAACAACCUCUUGCAAAACAGAAAUCAUCACUUUUCCAAAGACAACCUUCUUCUUCUUUAUUCUCCAAACAAGCAUCUAGCUCUGCUCUGGCAUCUCAAAGAAACAUCCAGCAACCCGCAGUCCCCCACCCAAACCCCACUCCUCCAAAUACUUCAACGGUUUCGCUGGCCACCUCCAAACGAACCUUAUUCCCUCAAAAUAAUAAUAACAUCUCAAGAGGGCAAACUGCAGGCUCUUCAUCUCGUCUUAACCUGGCUGCAAUAUCUCAAACAAGCAAUCCUAUCUCUACAAUCAAUGAACAUAAAGUCAUCUCACCUCCUCAUUAUGCCCAACUUGCCUCGGCUGCACUAAGCAAUAAAAGUUCCCAGAAUCUAAAGUCUAGCUCUUCUCUCUUCCGUAACACCUCAUCUUCCUCCUCCUCCUCCUCCACUACUCAGCUAACAACAGACGUAAAACGUUCGACGUCGCGCGACCAGUACCGCCGUGUCCAUUCUUCAUUAUUUGCUAAGUCGUCAUCCACCCAAUUAGCCGCCCAGCCCCCCACAGCAGCAACAGCACCAGCAGCACCAGCAGCACCAGCACCAGCAACAGCAACAGCAACAACUACGUUGGCUAAUGGAGCAUCUCAAGCAGCCACAGACCAAAAUAAACUUCCUCGCACAACUUCUUCUCUUUUCUCCUCCACAAUAGCUCCGGCCAACCGACGAGUGUCGCUAUUUUCAAAACAACCUUCUACAAAAUCCCUCUUUGCAUCAACUACCUCCAAACUCAGACUUAAUCAGCAAAAGCAGCAGCGGCCCCAAUAUGAAGAAUCCGAUUCCGAUAGCAUAUCUGAUACUGACGAGGACGAGGUAGAUGAUGAUGAUAAUGAUAAUGAUGAUAAUAAUGACGAUGAUAAUGUGGAACAACCUAGCAACCAGAAUAAUAGCGGUCUUUCUAAAAAUACAACAACAGCUGUCACAAGCCCAUCUAACAAGAAUGACGAUGAACCAGAAUUUAUUGGAAUUGACUCAAACGGUUCUAGACUAACAUACCGCCACCGUAGCGAUACAUCAACCUCUAUUGUGCGCGGCUUCAACCCAUCCACAGUAUCUUUUGCUCGCACCAAAUCCAGCCUGAGCUUCCCGACAGGUUCUGCAACUAGUGGCGGUGGCGGUGGCGCAACACAACCUGGUGCAGGAACUACUAACACUCAACAGCCUCCUCCCUUUGCGCUGAUUAAGGCGCGGCCAGAUAAGGUUCCGCGCGAAAAAAUGUUUUUUAUCGACUCUUCGCCAUCGGAAAGUGAAAAUGGAACAAAUAGUCCAUCGUCUCACUCUGGGUUCCCGGAUACUCCCGAACAUUUAGGAAAGAAGGCUGAGAAGUCGCCACAGUUACGGCGGCCUUCGUUGUUUGGAAAGUCAAGUAAUGGCGCGUUGACGGGUACUACUGGAGUGUCUUCGGUAGUCAAGGAGAAACCAAAGGCGAAAUUUACACUUUCCGGAAAAAGUCAUGAUGAUGAUGAUGACGAUGACGAUGAUGAUGAUGACGACGAAAGUGAGGUUGAGAUUUUGAAAAAGAAAAAAGUCGAAGUGGAUAAAAAAGAAGAUGAUGAUGACGAUGAAGAUGAUGACGACGACGACGACGACGAUGAUGAUGAUGACUACGAUGAUGACUCGUCAUGGGAUUCAGUGGAUGACGAAAGUGACGAUGACGAGCCAUUUGACGAACGGGCAUUUAUCCGGGAUGAUGACAAGCCCAAGAUUCUUGUGCGGCCAUCGCUUUUGUCUUCUAUGUUUUUUAAUAACCCCGAAAGGGAGAAGCAGGAACAGUUGAGCCGAGAGGCAAUUCGCAAAGCUUACAUGGCUGGUUCCACUAAGGCCUCAGCAGAACCCCCUACUAAAACCAAAAGUUCUACGGAAUCCAUGGCAUCUUCUGGGAUCCACGCAUCGCCAUCAUUGUUAAAUGCGCAGCUUAAGUCAACCGUGGUACUCAAUGAUUCUGCAUCUCCAAGCAGCCUAGCAGCUAGCGGUGGUGCAACUACUGCAACAGCACUUCCUGCUACCACGACUUAUGUGACUGCGCAUCCACAUUUGUCUUCAAGCAGCAACAAUAAAACUAAUAGGGAAGACUCUAUGGGACCUACAACCCCUGCGUCGGCGCGGGCAGCCGGCGUGAUGGUAUCUCCGCGGACAUCUGUGGCUGCGCGACGCAAUUUGCUUGCACCUGAACUAUCAGAGUCUGUGCGCAAGCAUUUGAUUUGGGAACGAACUCACCCCAGCGCUUUAAACCCGCUUACCCGACCCCACGGAAGCUCUACAAAUUUCCACCAGCAUGGAGCAUCGCGGACGUCGUCAUUUUCUGCUAACAUGACACAUGCUGCUGCUGCUAGAGAUUCCGGAGCGGAAUUGAGUCCGGCAGCGGCAGCUGUUGCAGCAGCAGCAGCGGCAGCAGCAGCAUCAACGACGACAGCAUUAACAGCAUCAACAGCAUCAACAGCAUCUACUUCAACAUCAACUACUAAAUUGACCAACGUUAAUGUUACAAAUACUGGAUCCACUACUGGCCAAGGGUCUGCAGCAUCUGCGAGAAUGGCCUUGCUACGACGACACACGUCGAGCGAGAUUCAGACGCUUGGGAAUUUGCAACGGCUACAUCAAAGCACGACUGCGGUGUCAGAUUUGCAUAACCUACAUGACUUACAUGACACCAACAAUGUUCGAAUCUACGAGCGGCGGGCUCCGUUGCUGUAUGAAGAAGAUGUUGAGCAUGGGGGUGAAGGAGAUGAUAGUAGUGGGACAGGAGGAAGCAUUAGAGGAGAUGGUGGUGCGGCGAAUAGGACGUUUCAUGAGCCUGGAGAGUGUGCUACAUGUAAGCAUAAUGAAGAAGAAGAAGAAAAGGAGACUUGGCGCCGUGAUUUGGAUAGCAAUGCUGAUUUUAACUACCAUGCUCGAGGGUGGUAA